GUACAUCUCGUAAACGGCGCGUCUUUGGACUGAUAAAAACAACUUUUUCCUACAGCAGAAAUUAUGUUCGUCAUCUUUAACAGACAAAGGGAGUCGGCCAUCAUGCAUAAUCAAGGUGGUAGAACUUGUUUUCUUUAACCUGCUGAGUGGUAUCAGACACACUGGUCGCAAGACCUGUGAAGUUUGAGUUGGUGCUACUGCAUCUUCUAGAAACGCCUGCAUCUUGUACCCUGCGGUGAAAGAUCUACUAAAGUGCCUUUUGGCAAUACCGUUCUUGUUUGAUCCAACAAAAUGACUCCCAACGGAUAUCUAAUAUUUGAAGAUGAGAGCUUCCUGGAUUCUACUGUGGCCAAGAUGAAUGCCUUGCGAAAAAGUGGCCAGUUUUGUGAUGUCAGGCUGCUGGUCUGUGGACAUGAGCUGAUGGCUCAUAAGGCUGUGUUGGCCUGCUGCAGCCCUUACCUGUUUGAAAUCUUCAAUGCUGACACCGAGCCACAGGGUGGAGUUUCGCUGGUUAAAUUCGAUGACCUCAACCCUGAUGCUGUGGAGGUCUUGCUCAACUAUGCCUACACAGCCCAAUUGAAGGCUGAUAAAAGUCUGGUCAGUGAUGUGUAUUCUGCUGCAAAGAAGCUCAAAUUGGAAAGAGUUAAACAGAUUUGUGGAGAAUACCUGUUAUCCAAAAUGGACUCCCAAAGUGCCAUAUCAUACCGCAACUUUGCUAGUAGCAUGGCUGAUGGGCGGCUUCUGGGCAAGAUCGACGGCUAUAUCCAGGACCAUCUUCAUGAGAUUUCAGAGCAGGAUGACUUUCUUAAACUUCCACGUCUGAAACUGGAGGUUAUGCUGGAGGACAACCUGAACUUGCCAGGUAAUGGCAAACUGUACUCAAAGGUGAUAAGCUGGGUGCAGCGCAGCCUUUGGAAGAAUGGAGAUCCUUUGGAGAAACUGAUGGAAGAGGUGCAAACGCUGUACUACUCAGCUGAUCACAAAUUGCAUGAUGGGAGUUUGCUUGAGGGGCAGGCAGAGGUCUGCAGCACUGAGGAUGACCACAUCCAGUUUGUGCAGAAGAAGCCGCCUCGAGAGAGGGACGAAAUGGGCUCUGGUGCAUCUGGCAGCAUCUCUCCCUCCAACAGCCAGUUCAACAAGCAUGAAUGGAAGUACAUUGCUUCAGAGAAGACCACCAGCAAUUCAUACCUGUGUCUGGCUGUUCUGAGAGGUCUACUGUGUGUGAUCUCCCUGCACGGCCGCACCAGUCCUCAUAAUUCUCCGUCUGCUACACCCUGUGUGCUGAAGAGCCCAAACUUUGAGGCUCAACUGGAAGAUCUGCAGGAGAAACUGUUGAAACCUAUGCAUUAUGCCCGUUCUGGACUGGGAACCGCUGAACUGGACUGCAAGCUUAUUGCUGCAGGAGGUUACAACAGAGAAGAGUGCUUGAGAACUGUGGAGUGUUAUGACCCAAAGAAGGACUGCUGGACUUUCAUUGCUCCGAUGCGCACUCCACGUGCUCGCUUCCAGAUGGCUGUGCUAAUGGGGGAGGUGUAUGUGAUGGGUGGCUCCAAUGGUCACUCAGAUGAGCUGAGCUGUGGAGAAAUGUAUAACCCCAGAGCUGAUGAGUGGAUUCAAGUCCCUGAGCUCCGCACCAAUCGCUGCAAUGCAGGUGUGUGUUCUUUACAAAACAAGCUCUUCGUAGUUGGAGGAUCUGAUCCCUGUGGACAGAAGGGCUUGAAGAAUUGUGACUCCUUUGACCCUGUGACAAAAAUGUGGACCAGCUGUGCACCCCUCAACAUCAAGAGACACCAGGCAGCAGUGUGCGAGCUGAGUGGGUACAUGUAUGUGAUUGGUGGUGCUGAGUCCUGGAACUGCUUGAACUCAGUGGAACGCUACAACCCAGAAAACAACACUUGGACCUUGGUGGCCUCCAUGAAUGUGGCUCGUCGUGGAGCUGGUGUGGCUGUCUAUGAAGGAAAGCUCUUUGUGGUUGGAGGAUUUGAUGGCUCUCACGCUCUGCGCUGUGUGGAGGUUUAUGAUCCAGCCACGAACGAGUGGAGGAUGCUGGGAAGCAUGACAUCAGCACGGAGUAAUGCAGGUUUGGCGGUGUUGAACAACGUGUUGUGUGCUGUCGGGGGAUUUGAUGGCAAUGAGUUCCUUAACUCAAUGGAGGUGUAUAAUCUAGAGAAGAACGAGUGGAGCCCAUUUAUAGAGGCGUUGGGUAAAAACUGAAUGGUGCCAGGAUCUGGUCUUUCCUUAAACAGAAGAACAGCAGUCACAUUAUGAGUCAGUCUUAGAACUGUGGACACGGAACUCAAAGAUGCUCAUAGCGUUGCCCAAAGCAACAUGAAGCCUUUGCAUAUUGCAUAAUUACCAUGUAUAUAGAUUUUUCUUUCUCUCUCUCUCUUUUAUUUGUUAUUUCUCUGUGAAAGCCAGUACUUGAAUAGAUGUUUGGAGAUGGUAAGCUUAUUGACAUGAACAAGUAGAUUGUCACAGUCUAAACUGUGGCUAAAAUUCAUGACUUUCUGCAUUUGCUGCUUGAUGUCAGCUCACUCAUGAUGACCAAUUUAAUGCCUUGCUUAUUGAAGAUGAGAUUAAUAUCUGUAUAGUUAAGUCUUAGAUCAUGAAAUACUUAAGGCUCUUUUUAAGUCAUAAUGCUUCAAUGGGAUUGUAAUUUUUUUGCAUUUUUAUAGCAUUUUUAUACAACUUUAUGUAAGUCUGAUAUGUAAUCUUGACAAGCAUUCUUUUCAGUCAAAUCAAAUCUGUGCUACAGGCUUGUUUUUACAUUUUUAUCUAGGUCUGCUUUAUGCUAAAGACGCCAGCGAUGAUGAUGCCACUUUUAACAUCGAAUAAUGUCUCCUCAUUCAAGACUUUCUUAAACCCGAUAUGUUUUUUUUUUUUUCUUAUUUUGGUUCAAAAAAGGUGAAGAAUUUAAUAAACUAUUGUGACUUUGA